CAUGUCUCCAAGCGAGCCAUCGUGGCCCACGUCGUGUCUGGCUCUGGCCAAGCUCUCCUGGCUUGCUUGCUUCGUUUGCCUCGUCUGCCUCCCGCCUCCUCCAGACACUUCCACUGCUUCUUGCAGCCUCGCAGACUCGCGGUCCUGCAGCCGUCGCACCCGAGCAACGCCGCCCUCGGCUGCCACGGCCGUGCCCCCUUCGAUCUGUGGGGCUGUGGGGUUGUGGGGUUGCUGGAGGGGCUGGGACACGGCAAUCUGGCGACAUGUCUGGUCUCAUGGCCAGCAUGCUCUGGAUGCGUUCUGUUCUGCCACAUCUGCCACAUUUGCCACAUCUGCCACACCCGCCCUUCGUUUCAGUCUCCCGCCUGCCCGUCUCGUCCCUUCUGGCCCUCGCACCCAUCGUUUCCUCGCGUCUCUUUGCCAAGAAGAGUCUGAUCUCCAUUGACAAGGAAGCCGCCGAAACCAACUACCGCCGUGCUCUCAACUGGUGGGAUCUCACUGCCCUCGGCAUCGCCGCCAUCAUCGGCUCUGGUAUCUUUGUCCUCACGGGCAAAGUCGCCCACAGCGUGGCCGGACCCUCCGUCAUCAUCUCCUUUAUCAUCUCGGGCAUCGUCAGUGCCCUCGCUGCCCUCUGCUACGCCGAGAUGGCCUCGAUGGUCAACAUCUCUGGCUCAGCGUACUCCUAUACCUACGUCACCCUCGGCGAGUUUAUCGCCUGGAUUCUCGGCUGGGAUUUGAUCCUCGAGUACCUCGUCGGCUCUGCCGCCGUUGCUGUUGGGUGGUCGGGUUACUUCAAUUCCUUUGUCGCCGAUGUCUCCAACAACCCGUUCGCCUUCGAUCCUCGAUGGGUCAACGCUCCCGUUGUUUGGAGCAACACUCCCGUUCCUGGAUUCUACGCCAACCUCAUCACCCUGGCUGAUGGAACCACUGCCAACGCCAUCAUGAACGUCCCCGCUGCCGUCCUCACCAUCCUUCUCACCAUCAUCCUGUGUCUCGGUAUCCGCCAGUCCGCUUGGGUCAUCAACUUCUUCGUCGCCCUCAAGCUCUUGGUUGUCCUCCUGUUCAUCUUUGCCGGCAUCGCCUAUGUCAGACCCCAGAACUGGUCCCCCUUCAUCCCCACCUACGACCCUGUCCAAGAUACCUUCGGCAACCCGGGUAUCUUCAAGGCUGCCCUCACGGUCUUCUUUGCCUACAUUGGUUUCGACGCCGUCUCGACCACUGCUCAAGAGGCCAAGAACCCCCAGCGAGAUCUCCCCAUCGGCAUCCUGCUCUCCCUCGGCAUCUGCACGGCCCUGUACAUCGUUGUCUGUAUCAUCCUGACUGGUAUCGUUCCAUACGCCCAAGUACCUAUCAAGAACCCCGUCUCUGGUGCCAUGAAGAUCGCCGGUGCCCCCCAGUGGAUCGUCGUCACCAUUGAGCUUGGUGCCAUCUUCGGUCUUGCUUCCGUCAUGGCUGCCCUUAUGACCGGCCAGCCCCGUAUCUUCCAGGCCAUGGCCAAUGACGGCCUCCUUCCCAAGGUCAUCGCCCACAUCAACCCCAAGACCCAGACCCCCGUUGUCGCCAUUAUCAUUUGCGGUGUCAUUGUCACCGCUGCCUCUGCCGUCCUUCCCAUCGAUGUCCUUGCCGAUCUCACCUCUGUCGGUACCCUCCUUGCCUUCUUCGUCGUCUCAGUCUCGGUCUGGAUUCUACGCUGGACUGACCGCGACCGCCCCAGACGCUUCAGCAUCCCCGGUGGCUUCAUUAUCGGUGGCAACAUCAUCCCUGCUCUCAGUGCAGCCGCCUCUCUGGCUCUGAUUUGGCUCGGCGGCAGCACCACCAUCACCAUCCGUGUGUUCGCUUGGAUGGGCAUCGGUCUCUUCUUGGUCUAUCUCACCUUUGGUUUCUGGAAGUCCAAGGCUCGCUUCCCUGUCGCUGCCGAUAUUCAAGCCGAAGAGUACAGGAGCAGGUCCUAA